CGCCUUUUUCUCGGCUCCGCCGUCGGGUCGGUGGGCAGCGGGCUGCCGGUGAUUGACCAGCUCCUCUCCCUGAUCUGUCAGCCUGCUCGCCUUGGCGCCUCCCCUCUCCUCUAUAAAUGAACCAAGUCUAUUCACUGCGCUCACUGCGCGCCUGCUGAAGUGAGAGGAACCGGAGGGGCUUCGCGGGAUGUGUUGACAGACCAGAAUUCCGCCUUUCGGGUUCGGUUCGCUUCGCGCUCGGUCUCCUGCAGCUUCCCGUCGUCGUCGCUGCCGUGUCAGAAGCGGCUCCUGCUCGGGUUUCUUAUUGUUUCAUUAUCGCCGCUGCCUCCGCGCGAGAGCCGUCGGGUUAUUUAAGAUGAAGGCUGUUACUCCAGUCCACCCCCAGGACUCCUCCUCCUCCUCCUCCUCUUCAUCCUCCUCCUCCUCCAGCAGCAGCAGCAGCAGCAGCCAGCUCUCCCUGCACUAUCUGUCGAAGCAGAGCCUGAACAUCGCCCGGUGCCGGAUGGAAGAGGAGGAUCUGUUCUGCUUGCAGUACGACAUGAACGACUGCUACAGCCGCCUGAAGCGCCUGGUGCCCACCAUUCCGCAGGACAAGAAAGUGAGUAAAGUGGAGAUCCUCCAGCAUGUCAUAGACUACAUCCUGGACCUGCAGCUGGCUCUGGAGACGCACCCUUCCCUGCAGAAGCAGCCGCCUCAGCGGACCUGCCCGCCGGCAGCCUCCAACCCCAACAGGACGCCGCUGACGGUGCUCAACAUCGACCACCACCAGAGAACAUCAAUAGUGAAAAAACCAGAGGACUCAGUUUUAUGCCGCUGAGACGUUGAUGCUGCAUUUGGUGUGCAGGCAGCGCAGAGCCGCUCCAAAAGUCAGCAAAGCUUCGCCAGGGAUUCACACACCCAACUGGAGGCACAGUGUCACAAGAGGGGGGGAAGAACACACACACACGCACACACACACACACACACACACACACACACACACACACACACACCCGCUGAGAGGAAAUAAACCCGAAUAAAAUCUUUUAUUUUUUUUUUUUCAAAUAAUAUUUUUCCUUCAUACUGUUGAUUCUGAGAAAGGGAAAAAAAUGGACUCACCUCCUUCAUACUAUGUUUUUUUUUUUUUUUAAGUUUUUUAAAUUCUAAAGGUGCGAAAGCAUCAACUUCUCUCCGAGGUUCUUUCUUUCUUUUCCUUGUCAGAAACCGAUUCGCAGAGCGAGGGAUUGUGAAUUGUGCCAGAGCGACUCCAGUUCAAAGCUUUACUAAACUGCGAAAAAAAAAAGAACAAAAAGAAGACGAAAAAAAAAUCACUGAACACGUUCCUCACAUCUAUUGUUUAAAAUAGAUGACUUGUGUUUUGAAAAGGGACGCCGGUCCCUGGUACCUUAAACAUGUUUGAUAUUGUAAAGAAGAACAAUUCUGAUUCGAGACAAUUAAGCUUGUAAAUACAGAGACACAAAUGUUCUAUUAAGGUAUGUGGAAGGACUUAUAUGAGUAAAUAGAUUAUUGUAAUUAUUAUAAGAUAUUUUUUAUUGAAAAUCAUUGUUUUUUUUUUUUGUUUGUUUCUUUGGUUGUUUUUUUUUUUUUUUUUUUUUUUUUUUUGCAGUUCUGUAAAUAUUGUGUUUCCACUUUUAGUGAAUGAACGUGUUUUAUGCUCUGCCGGUCAUGUCCUCACCUGAUGAUAUCAUUAAACUCUUUGCGGUGUUUGAAAUAGUUUGAAAUGUAGCAUGUCAGGCUCAUCACAGAGAUGCUGAAUGUGCACUGAAGCAGCCCCCCCCCCCCACCACUCCCCCCGCC